UGAUGUGCGGUACAGUAUAUUCUGGAGACCAGCGUGUAUCCUCGUGAGCACGAGGCCAUGAAGGAGCUCCGCCACAUCACGGCCAAACACCCCUGGAAUGGCAUGGCAGUAGCUGCAGAUGAGGCGCAGUUCCUGAACAUGAUGCUGAAGCUGAUGAACGCCAAGAGAACAUUAGAGAUCGGCGUGUUCACCGGCUACUCCCUGCUCGCCACCGCUCUCGCCCUACCUGAGGAUGGCCAGAUAUUGGCCAUCGAUCCGAAUCGGAAGAACUAUGAACUGGGACUCCCCGUGAUCGAGAAGGCAGGGGUGGCUCACAAGAUCGACUUCCGUGAGAGCCAGGCUCUACCAGUCCUGGAUGAACUGAUGCAGGAGGAGAAGUACAGGGGAUGGUUCGACUUUGUGUUUGUGGAUGCAGACAAGGAGAACUAUAUGAACUACCACAAGAGGGUGGUGGAGCUGGUGAGGGUGGGCGGCGUCAUCGGCUACGACAACACACUGUGGAGCGGCACCGUGGCGGUGGAGCCGGAGUACCCUGUUUUAGAUUAUGUCAUGGAGAUGAAGGACAAGUUCCUGGAGCUGAACCGGCACCUCGCCGCCGACCCGCGCAUCGAGAUCUGCCAGCUCUCCAUCUCCGAUGGCCUCACGCUCUGCCGCCGUAUUAGCUGAUCGCCACCCGCGAGCUCUCGUGUUCGGAUCCCUCGAACGCCGGUGCAGGGGACAAAGACAAAGAAAUAAAGCUGAAACGGAGGGCGACUGAAUUCGAGUGAUCGUUGAGUUCUUCCUUGGAAUUCGACUGAAUUCGUACGCAAAUAAUCUAAUCUCGUCUAUUCCCAAUGAAACAUCAACAAGUUGGAAUGAGAAAAGGGUUGAUGGAUUGGGAUAGUAAGAAUGUUGAUCUUGAAAACGAUUCUCCAUUAAACA